AUGCCGAAUCUGUCUCUCUAUGCGGUGGAAGCGCUGUUAAUUUUAGAUGGAGAAGGAAAACGCAUAUAUGCCAAAUACUAUAAUGGUCCACACGACGAGGAACAAGCAUCGCAGCAAGGCAAGUCUUCUUCGAAAGAGCAGAUGGAUUUUGAAAGCAGGCUUUUCAAGAAAACACACAAGCAGAACGCAGACAUUCUACUUUUCGAGGACAGCUUGGUGCUGUACAAAGAAUACGUGGACGUAUCUCUGUAUUUGGUGGGAUCUGCGGAGGAAAAUGAGCUGGUACUCCAACAGGCGCUCGCUGCGGUAAGGGACUCGCUGGAACUCGUCCUGGCCACUGGGAUCGACAAAAAAAACAUAUUGGAGCACUACGACAUGGCAGCGCUGGUGAUCGACGAGACCAUCGACGACGGCAUUAUCUUGGAGACAGACCCCGCGACCAUUGCGUCUCGAGUCACAAAACCGCCCUCCAAGGACGUCCCCAUCAACAUCGAGCUCAGCGAGAAAGGUCUGCUCAGUGCGUGGGGGUUCGCGAAAAGCAAACUUGCCGAAAGGUUGCAACAGGGGCUGUAA